AACGGCAAACCGACACUAAAAGCACCAGAAAGAAAGACCACCAAGGGAGGGAAAGAAUUUCCAAUGGCGACAUGGUACGGACCUCUUAUUGAUCUGUCCGAAGCUGCUUCUCACAUUGACCACUUCGUCCAGCUUCUCGUAUUCGUCCACCGUUGUACUCCGGUUCAGUACAAGUUAUCCAAAGGGGGAGAGGUGAUUAGGACGGACAUCCAGGUCGGUGAUGACACUCGACCCUUCUUUUCUGUAACCCUUUGGAAGAAGGAAAUCCAAUCCAUGGUGGUUUCCGGUGAGGUUGUAUUAUUGCAAAAUGUGAAAAUUACAAGAUUUAGAGAUUUGAUUGAGGCCAAAACUGUCGAGUGGUCAUCACUACUACGGCUUAUCCACCCAUAUGAGUGCCUUAUCUCGAAAGGGGUAGCUGACUUGAUAACAAACUGUCGCGUGGGCAUGGUGGCUAAAGAGAAGCUUCGGAAAGUUAUAGAAUGGGUUCAGAGAUCCAGGUCUAUCUUCCAAAUUGUUGAAGCACCUGGAAAUCAAGUAUUCAUUCCUGUGUACCACCACAUGUCUUGGGCUUAUUACUUUGAGAAUUUCUUUAUCCAUCAGCUUAUUCUUUUGGAGAUUUGAGCAUAGGGAAUUCUUUACAUAUUAUGUGUUCUUACCACAUCUUUUGCAUUUGUUAAGUCAAGAAGUAGUGUUACAUAAUCAUGCAUUUUAUGUUAGACGGUUAGACUAUCAUAAAAUUUUCUUCUAUUUAGAUUGGGGUCUGGAUGUCUGCCAUUAUUCAGGAUAUAAGUUCAGUGCUAACAGUAACAUGCAUCUUAUGGUUAUAUGAAUCUUACCAUCAUAUGUUUAUCAUUAACUUGCAUUAAAAAUGGCUGAGUAAGAAGUUAUGUGAUUAUGCAAUUCAUUUUUUCUUAUUUACUGGAUUUCCUACAAGCACACUUGCAUGUGACAUUGUGACAUGUGAUUUAAAUUAGAUAUCCAUUCAUGUCCUUUCUGCAUGUUAUACUUCGUCAGUCAAAUGUUUCAAUUAAUACUCCUCCAAAGCAGAAGAUGCAACUACCAAGGAACUGGAAAGUGCCAGAACAGGAAAAACUGAGGCAGCAUUUGUCCCUAUCAGAAGUAUUAUCCUUAUCCCAGUCAUGUAAAGCAAUAACAAAUGCUUGUAUUGGCGAAAUGUUUCUGCCAAUUACCUGGAGAUCAAUUGGUGAAUCUGAGAAUGAAACUAUGUUCAUCAGUAGGAGACUUUAUUCUGUGGGAGAAAAUAACGUAGCAGAAGAUCUCAUUUGUACUGGCUGCAAGCUUUGUGGUUCCCCAUUAGAUUCAGUGAAUGGCAGGUUGAAAUCUAAGCAGAGUUCUAUUUCAUUCUUUUGUGAGAAAAGCGCAGAUCACAGUCAUGUAGUAAGCUUCAUAUACAGGCCCUUUAAGUUAUAUGUAUGGGAUGAAUCCGAGCACUUGCCACUGCUGGUAAAAAAUAGUGCUGCCGAACAACUGUUUGGCAACAUCAAUGCUGAAAGAGUAUACUCAAGCUAUAGAGAGCAAAGUUAUAAUCGAAAUUCUGAUAUAAAACGUGUUAAAAAGGAAGGGAAUGAGAAUACAAGUGCCAUUAGUUAUCCCAAAGUUGUUUUGAAAGAUUUUGUGGAUAAUUGUUGGUUGGAGGAUGCGUGCAAGAGUCAUGAAAGCAGAAGCCUGCAACAUAAUAAAAACAUAAACUUUUUUCUAAUUUGGUUUAUUCUCUUGAAAAUGUUGUUGCUGCAAGGAAAGAAUAGCCCUCUGAAAUUUGAAAUUGCUGUAAAUGCUAGCAUUGAUGCUGAAAAUGGGAGGUUUGAAAUGGUCUCAGUGUCAAUCCCAUGCUUCAAUAACAUCUGAUCUUGUAUUUUUCUGGCGAAAACUGAUAUACCAUUUACACAAUUUCAUGAAUGAAUGUUUCAACUUUCA